AUGAGAGGCCUACAGAAUCUAAGACAGAAACUUUACUACCAAACACAUUACAAGAGAAGUCAAGAUGAUCUCGAUCUAUCACAAGACCAUGAUGAAACGCAAGAUAGACAAUUAGUAGAUGUCAAUGGGAAAUCCCAAACCCAAGUUACUCCUAGUAGAAGUACUCAGUUUAGAAGAAAUAAAUCUGAUUUAGAAAGUAAAUUAAUAAAUUAUAAGGGCUCCCAGAUCAAGCAACCAUCACCAGUGAUACAAAACCAAUCAAAAGAAACUGAUGACUUGGCCUUCUUUAGAUCAUUACAAACGAGUUUAGAUACACUUACUCCCAAUGAAAAAUUGAACUUCCGAAUGGAUGUGAUGCAAUUAUUAACUCGCUACACAAACAGAAAACCAAACCAAGAUAUACCUAAUUUUCCAAAUUUUACUCCCGCUUGUCAACAGGCACAGCAAUAUCCAAUGGAUUUGCGGUCUAGUACCUCUGAUGGUGUUUGUCCUAAAGUGCUAAAGUGUUACAAUGAAGCAUAUUCUGAUUUAUCUAAUAUUGAAGAUGGACAUUCAAGUGAAAGUGAUGAAUCAGCAUUGGAAGAUGAAAAUAAUCGGAAUGGUGAUGAAACUGAAGAAACAACGUACGUCACUGCUUUAUCAUUCGGUUCAUUUGCUAUUCAACAUGUACAUCUGACAGAGUUGUCGAAAACUCCAAAUGAACUGGGUAUUCCACUAGAGAGUUGCGAAAGAUGGAGACCAACUCUAAUUAUUGGAACAGAUGAAGUAUAUCCUUAUCUUUCGGCGUAA